CUAAGUGCAUUUAGACGAAACCAAGCUCAAAUUUUAUUUUGAAUGGAUAAUUAUUGAUUACAAGUCUUUUGCAAUGUAUGUAAGGCAAAGAAAAACUGCCGGAAAAAAACGUCUAAGGCCGUAGCAACGGCAUCCUUUGGCCGUUAGAUCAUUUAUUGAGUUCGCAUUUUUUACAAUUUUACUCGUUUUUUUUACACAUGAGAGUCAAUUAAACAAAUUUUCUCAACACUAUUUUGCCACAAAUUGAUAUCGUUUGAAUAAGAUCAUCUAAUUUUCCAGAAAAGUUUUCUAUCAUCUACUGAUCAAAGAUAAUCAUAAAAAAGAAGAAAUAAAUGCUGUGAUUGUUGUUAUCUUUUUUUUAGUCUAUUGCCUUUUUCGCAUCAUUCAACAAUCGCCGAAUUAUGCAUUAAACAUCAUCGGAAUUUAGUGACAACAAGUUAUGUGUCACCAAAAAUGAAAUUAUUACAUGAUGCUGCAAAACAAGCUGGUUGCAUCCUGUUAAAUGAAGUUGGACUAGAUCCGGGUAUUGAUCAUAUGUUAGCCAUGGAUUUAUUUGAUCACGUUAAAGAUGAUGGUGGAAGUAUUCAAUCUUAUGUAUCUUAUUGCGGAGGAUUACCUGCACCAGAACACGCAGAUAAUUCACUAAGAUACAAAUUUAGUUGGUCACCGCGUGGAGUGUUGAGUGCUUUAUUGAAUCAAGCAAAAUAUAUGAAAAAUGGAAAAAUAAUUGAACUCGAAGGAAAUGGUGGUGUUAUUGAAAAUGGCUGUCAUCCAGCCAAAUUUCUACAUGCAUUCAAUCUGGAAUGUUAUCCAAAUCGAGACAGUAUUCAGUAUAUCGAUUCAUUUCAACUGAAUAGUGUUCAUACAAUACUCAGAGGUACACUACGAUAUAAGGGUUUUUGUCAAGGUGCCCUGGGUUUAAUCAAACUUGGUUUAUUAAGUGAUCGAGAACAUCCACAUUUACGAAAUGAUUCGAAAGAAAAUGAUUUGACAUGGAAACAAUUCAUGUGUGAUUUAGUUGAUGAACAUCGUUCAACGUCUGUGGAUAAUUUAAAGAAUUUAAUUUCAAAUAAAUUGAACAAUGAAGAACAAUUACACACGAUUGAAGAUCUUGGUUUAUUAUCCGAUGAUAUUAUUGAUAAACGUGAAAAUCCACUAGAUACAUUAAGCAAUUAUUUAUCAAAACGUUUGGCAUACGGUCCUAACGAACGUGAUAUUGUCAUUAUGUAUCAUGAAGUUGGUAUUAAAUGGCCUCAAACAAUGAAGUCAAAAUCAUCAGAAGAGAUAAGAACUAUUGAAAUGGUCAUAUACGGAGACAACACAAAAUCAUCAACAACAAAAAUCGAACAACCUCAUUCAGCUAUGGCAAAAACAGUAGGACUACCAGCUGCGAUUGCUACAAAAAUGUUAUUAGAAAAAGAAAUUCAUCAAACUGGAGUUGUUGUACCUAUUAAACGUGAAAUAUACAAACCGAUUUUAGAACGUUUGAAAAAGGAAGGUAUUAGAUGGACAGAAAAAUCAAAAACCAUUCAUUAA